AUGGGAGACGUAUCUGGUCCAGAGAACACGCCUGUCCGCGCCGAGGUCAUUGACCUUUCACUCGGAUGGUCUUUCAAGCUGACCGACGAUGUCGGCUCCAACUCCUGGCUACCAGUCAAGAAGGUCCCUUCCACGGUGCAACAAGACCUGAUAGACAACAAGAAACUAGCGGAUCCCUUCAUCGGGUUCAACGAAAUCAAGGCCGAAUGGGUGGGCCUGAAGUCGUGGACAUAUCGGGUUGCGAUUCCGAGACUAUCGUUGGCGAGUACUGCGAGAGCCGUGCUCGCGUUCGAUGGCCUCGAUACGUUCGCGACUGUCAAGCUCGGAGGCAAGACAAUACUGGAGAGCGACAACAUGUUCUUGCCUCAUCGCGUGGAUGUCACGGAUUUCGUUCAUGGCAGCGCGUAUGAUCUGGAUCUAGAGAUCGAAUUUGCGUCAGCAUUCCUCCGAGCCCGAGAGAUCAAAGACCAGCAUCCGGACCACAAAUUCGUGGCGUUCAAUGGUGACACAGCCAGGCUGGCCGUGAGAAAGGCCCAAUACCACUGGGGGUGGGAUUGGGGCCCGCUAUUGGUUUGUGCGGGUGUUUGGAGACCCGUGCGCCUGGAGAUAUACUCUGUCAGGAUUGCCGAGUUGAGGACCGAUGUCAAGAUUGCGGACGACUACAAGUCCGCCACGGUCGACGCGAGCAUAGACGUCGAAGCACAUUCAGAGCAUCCUCACCUCAAAGCAAGACUGACAAUCAAGCUGGGAGAUCAACUAAUCGACUCGACUGACACAGAAGUAGGAGCGAACGGCAAAGCUUCUGGCCAGCUCAAAGUCGACAAUCCCGAACUCUGGAUGCCCAACGGCUACGGCAGGCAGAGCUUAUACACCGUCAGCGCGAGCAUCUUCCACGACGCGACGGAGCUACACGCAGAGAGCAAGCGGAUCGGCAUCCGCAACGUCCAGCUCGUCCAGGAGCCCGAUGCUCGGGGCAAGUCCUUCUACUUCCGCAUCAACGGCGUGGACAUUUUCUGCGGCGGCUCGUGCUGGAUUCCAGCCGAUAGCUUCCUGACCAACGUUACCCCGGAGAAGUACCGGGCGUGGAUCGAGUUGAUGGUUCCUGCGAACCAGAAGAUGAUCAGGAUCUGGGGCGGAGGGAUCUAUGAGAACGACGAGUUCUACGACGUGUGCGACGAGCUCGGCAUUCUGGUGUGGCAGGAUUUUAUGUUUGGCUGCGGCAACUACCCCUGCUUCCCGGAUAUAUUGGAAUCGAUCGAGCGGGAGGCGGUGGCUAAUGUUCGGAGAAUUCGCCACCAUCCGAGCAUUGUGAUAUUUGCCGGGAACAACGAAGACUACCAGGUGGCCGAGUCGGCGCAUUUGACCUACGAUUACGAGGACAAGAACGAGGAACACUGGCUGAAGUCGGAUUUCCCGGCGCGGUACAUCUACGAGUCGCUGCUUCCAAGAGUAUCGGCGCGCGAGGCCCCGUGGAUUCCCUACCAUCCGGGGUCGCCGUGGGGAGAUGGGAAGAUCAGCUCGGACCCCACCGUGGGCGAUAUGCAUCAGUGGAAUGUGUGGCAUGGCACGCAGGAGAAGUAUCAGAUCUUUGACUCUCUGGGAGGACGAUUUAAUUCCGAGUUUGGGAUGGAGGCAUUCCCACAUAUUGCCACGAUCAAGUCGUUUGUGGAGAGAGAAGAAGAUCUCUACCCCCAGAGUCAUGUGCUCGAUUUUCACAACAAAGCAGAUGGACAUGAGCGACGGAUCGCCACUUACCUGGUGGAGAACGUCAGAACGUCAACAUCACUCGAAUCCUACAUCCACUUGACACAAUUGAUCCAAUGCGAGGCUCUCAUGUUUGGCUAUCGUGGCUGGCGCAAGCAGUGGGGUGAUGAUAGACACUGCGGCGGAGCCUUGGUGUGGCAGUUGAAUGAUUGCUGGCCAGUGACCAGCUGGUCGAUCGUCGACUACUACUUACGGAGAAAACCAGCAUAUUACGCGAUGGCCCGUGUAUUGGCCCCCGUGGCGGUUGGAGUCCGCCGGAGUCAUCAUGAUUGGAGUGUGACGCAUGCCCGAGAGCCCCGAACGCAGGACUGGGAGCUAUGGGUGGUAAGCUCAAAGUUGAUUGACAUUGUUGCUGACGUGGAGGUCAAGUUUGUGUCGGUUCGAACGGGGCAGGAAAUCAAGGAGAAGAUUGUGCAGAAAGGGAUCCGCGUCAAGGCCAAUGGUACUACGGACGUUCUCAAAGGAGUGAUAGAUAACGAGAAGGAAGAGCCCCAUGUCCUCGCAGCACGAAUCUGGUUGAAUGGUAAAUUGGUGGCCCGAGACACCGACUGGCCCCAGCCACUCAAGUACCUUCCAUUCCCUUCACGCAAAGUGAAUGUGAAGGUCGUUGGCAAUGAGAUGCAUGUGAGUGCUGAGCGGCCAGUCAAGUGUCUGGUGUUUGAGGAACGUGAAGGAUGUCACCUUAGUGAUAGUGCAAUCGACAUAGUGCCGGGAGAUACGCAGACUAUUCAAGUCCGCGGGCUCAAGGCUGGCAGUCAACCUCUAGACUGGACAUACUUGGGCGCAGGGGAACAAUGA